UUUGGUCCAGUAGCAUUGGAGUCUCAUAUCUCGAACUACCUUCGCCCAUCAUGUCCAAGCUUUCAGAGCCUUUGAAGCAGUUCAUCAACGCAGCUCAUGCGAAACCCAACACUAUUCCGGCACCGAAGAAUGUGAUAUCAGUGUACGAGAGGAUAGCAUCCGAUGCCAAAACGAACAAAGUUGGACUUCCGGCAUGGUUGUGUGCUUCUACCGCCGCAACAAUGACAAUGAACAGUCCCGAAUCGCUCCUCGAACUCUACCGCUUAGCCUCCACCUCCCCAGCUCCACAAUCCUCCUCAACCACAAACCAAGCUCUCUACACCGCCGAACUCAUGCGCGAAGUAGCCCUCAAAUGCAUCGGCUUCAACGGCGUUCCCCGCACAAUCAACUGUCUCGGAGCUUUCCACUCUGGUCUUCCCUCCUCAGUCCAAUCCGCCCUAGCUCAACGCCAACCACGCCGGAAUCUCAGUAAAUCCAAUAUCGAAGCUACUUUAGCCCGCGGAAACGCACUCUGGGAAAGUAUUUAUCGCCCUUUUAGCGCGAAAUUAACAGAGAAGUUGAAGCAAAGUCAUCCGGAUUUACCUGUGCAUAUUAUUGAAGCGGAGUAUGGAUGUUUGUUUUCUGAUCCGCCUUCGGCUGCGGAUCCAAAUAGGCCGGAUGUGGGAAGGGUUUUGACGAGUGUUAUUGCUGUGGCGUGUUUGAGGGCGCAAAGUGGUGUUGGGCCACAGGUUGUGAGUCAUGUGUUUGGUUUGAGGAAGGCUUUCGAGGAUGGGAGUGCGGAGUCGGAGGAUGUUGUGCCUGGUGGGAAAUGGUUGGCUAGUAAUGAGGGGAGUUUGUGGUUGUUGGAGCAGGUUGAUCGGAUUGUGGAGGCGAUUGGGGAGGGGAGGGGGACGACAUUUGCGCCUGGGUUUGAGAAGCCUGUGAAGGCGAAGUUGUGAGCACUGCUGAGAGCCCUGGCUCAAUAGACAGAUGAAUGUAAGGAAUGUUUGGAUCUGGCAUUACUGGAGUUUAGUGGGCAUAGGUAAAUUUUCAUCUUGUAAAUAUUCAACAUCUACAGAGCCAAUGCAAUCUGUUGAAUCAUCUAGCUGAAGUACUCCAUCAAAUGCUCAACCAGCGCCGCCAUGAAUU